UAGCUCAGGGCUAAUCUUAUUCAAGUGAAAAGAGGAAGAUUGGCAACAGAUGUUAGCUCAGGGUGAAUCUUCCUCAGCAAAAAAAAAAUACAGACCACUUCAGGAGCCAGCAUCAGAGUGUUUCUGUUGGGGUUGGCAUUAACUAGCUAGAUGUAACUUUGAAAAGCCACUCGAGCAGUUUUCUAGUCUGAAAAAUAAGAAGUUUCAGUUAGAUUUCAGAGGUCUCUUUCGUCUCUGAUCUUCUGUGAUUCUUAUGUCUACAUCCUGCUUUCUGCUAUAAACCAUUGUUCCAGAGAUUUUGUGGAAGCAUGUGGUCCAUCUGGUGAAGGUUCUUUCCAUAGAGUGAGUCCCUUACAUGUGUGAUUCUGUAUUAAAAGUAUAUAAGAUCAGUAUUUUUAUUUCUAUUUUGAAAAAUUGAAAGAAAUAUGAAAAACUAUAAGCAAACAUGUACCCACCACCUAGAAAUAACGUAUUAGUUUUAUCAUAUAUACUUUGUAUUUCUUGAAAUAAAUGUAUUAGUAUUUAUAGUCCAAGUUACAUUGUACACAUAUACACUUGAAAUAUCGUUUAAUCCUUACAACAGUCCAUUGAUGUGUAACCGUUUCUCGUUCCCAUUUACAGACAAGGAAACAUGAUUUGAUGGGUUAACUGGUCCAUGGUCACACAAGCAAGUGACUAAGCUAGGAUUGGAAUCUAGCUUAGAUUCUGUCUGUUGGAAUAUUAGGUUCUAUGCUCCAUUCUAGGUUGACUUUGUUAAUAAAUUAAUGGGUGGGGUUCCUGUUUGAUGUUAAUAAAAUAUCCUAUUUUGAGUGCAUUUUAAGUACUUCUCAUUACAUAACAUGCUUCCUCUGAACUAUCUGAAGGAUAUAUGUGUAAAGACGGGUUGGGCGGAAGGGUUCUGUAAUCGUGGCUCCAGGACCUUCGCUUCGGUUGGGGCUGUGGGAGGUCCUCACACACGUUCUCCUGCUGCAGCGCUGUGACUGGAAGCGUCUCCUCUGGACAUUGGGGAAGGCUCAGCUGGAGCUGUCAGAAUGUGAUCUCACCAUGUGACCUCUGAUAGGACAGGACAGAAGAUUAGAUGGAGGACUGCAUCAUCCUUCCUGCAUUUCAUUCUGUCAGCAUUUCUCCUAACGGGCAUAGUUUUCCUGAAUAAAAAUGCCCAAGUAAGUUCGGUAGUUUUUAGAAAACACUGUGUUAAAAUAAUGCCACUUUGGAGUUAGGACAUAGACGCAUAGUCAUGAUUGUGUGUGUGUAUGACUGCAAUAAAAUGUGGAAGAGUAUCCUAAAAAAGAUUUCUGGUUGCUGCCACAGGCCUGCUUGCUCUCCCCUGUGUGUGUUGUCCUAUUCUUGCUUUGCUCUCCAGCAAUCACUUGCUGUGUGACCUUGGACAAAUUACUUAGCCUUCCUGUCCAUCAGUGUGCUUGUUUGUUGAGAUGUUUGUACUUAAUCUCAUAGCUGUUAGGAAGGUAGUUAAUGUGUGACUUACAAUAGUCCUUGUCAGAAAGUAAUAUAUGGCUAGUUAGACCUAUUUCCCAAAGCCAGAAGGUGAAACUUUAAACAACUUUUUCAAAGGCAAAUUCUAUUUUAAAAGUAUAUUUAUCGUCCCAAUCCCCACAUGCUUCGUCUGCUGGGUGCAGCUGUAGGGUGUAAAUUCGUUUGAAUUCUUGACAGAUAACUGCAUUAGGCUGGGCAUACUCAUAGAUGAUGAACAAAUGCUGUAAAAGACAAAUUACAUAUCAAGAUAAGGAUUAUUAGAUACUGUUUGAAGCGAUUGUGGAGGUUUUGAAUGAUUUAGUGUCCAUCUAAAGGUACUACAAUAGGCAGGUUUGCCUCUCCCAGUCCCUGAAGUGGCACAACUUGAAUUUCAGCUUGACUCCACUGGCUGAGCUGCUCAUGAAUUUCCUAACUCGGUGGACUGUGUCAGCCACCCAUGGGCGAAGAACAGAUUGUGCCAUUCUUUAUAGUUGUUCCUUAGUUUUACAAGUUGGAACAUCUGGCUAGGUUGGAUCACUUUGUUAUACCACUUUAUGCACAGUUAGAAUAUUGUGUCAGUCAUGAUUAUGGAAGGGAUCACCACAGGUGUACGCGUUUCGUUUUGCCUUAGGACCAUUACCUAGCUGAGUCACGACCUGUGACUAAAAUCUAUACGGAGGAAAGUAAACUUCACAGGUGGGAAAAGCUUGAAUGAUUUAGCCUCUCCACAAAUACGCUUCAAUUUAAUUUUAUUGGGGAGUCCACUGUCCUUUUCCUGGUUUUCCGUUGAAAUUGUUUUUUUUCUCCCAGACUGCUAGUAAGUAUUAAGCGAGACGUUCGGGGCUUGGGGUUGCGGCUGUCCUAUAGGAACGCAUCCCUCUAACAGAACGGCCAAUCAGAACGGAGGAAAAAGGAAGUGUGGAGUUUGUGGAUGGAAGGGAGGGUGGAAGGGAAAGGAGAAAGCGUGGAGUUUGCGUGAGUCUCCGCAGGAGUCACGGAGGCGGGGAGGCCGGGAGGAAGACAUCGGCGAUGCCCAUCUCCCUCCCCUCCCUCUCGCCGACAAGGCGCAAACUAAGGGGGACCCCGUCUUCUGGGGAGAAAUGAGGGGCUGGCUGCGGAGCCGCCACUGAUGGAUGGCUCCUCUGUGAUUUUGGGGCAGGACCCCCGAGAAGGUGGAGGCGCGGGCCGCGGAGGGGCGCAGGUGGGGCGGGGAGCAGGCUGCAGCGCCGCCCUUCUUCUCGGCGCGGGAAGCCGGACACCACGGCCGCCGGCAGGCCCCGAGUCCGCUCCGCGCGGCCGCCGGAACGUUUACGCGGGCCCCCGCCCCGCGCACGGCGGAAGGACUUGGGCGGCGCCCUCAGAGAGGGUUGGCGGGACUUCCGGGCGGAGCGGCUUCCGGCGGGCCUGGAUGUUGAAUAAUAUAAUACAUUUAAGAAAAAAAUGGAUGAGGAACCUGAAAGAACUAAGCGAUGGGAAGGAGGUUAUGAAAGAACAUGGGAGAUUCUUAAAGAAGAUGAAUCAGGGUCACUUAAAGCUACAAUAGAAGAUAUUCUCUUUAAAGCAAAGAGAAAAAGAGUAUUUGAGCACCAUGGACAAGUUCGACUUGGAAUGAUGCGCCAUCUUUAUGUGGUAGUAGAUGGAUCGAGAACAAUGGAAGACCAAGAUUUAAAGCCAAAUAGACUGACGUGUACUUUAAAGUUGUUGGAAUACUUCGUAGAGGAAUAUUUUGAUCAAAAUCCUAUUAGUCAGAUUGGAAUAAUUAUAACGAAGAGUAAAAGAGCUGAAAAGCUGACAGAACUCUCAGGGAACCCGAGGAAACACAUAACGUCUCUGAAGAAAGCCGUGGCUAUGACGUGCCAUGGAGAGCCGUCUCUUUAUAACUCCUUGAGCAUGGCUAUGCAGACUCUGAAACACAUGCCCGGCCACACGAGUCGAGAAGUCCUGAUCAUCUUCAGCAGCCUCACGACCUGCGACCCGUCUGACAUCUAUGGCCUCAUCCAGACGCUAAAGGCAGCUAAAAUUCGCGUGUCUGUGAUUGGAUUGUCUGCCGAGGUUCGGGUCUGCACCGUGCUUGCUCGUGAAACUGGUGGCACAUACCAUGUUAUUUUAGAUGAAAGCCAUUACAAAGAAUUGCUAACACAUCACGUUAGUCCCCCUCCUGCCAGCUCAAAUUCUGAAUGCUCGCUUAUUCGUAUGGGAUUUCCUCAGCAUACAAUUGCUUCUCUGUCUGAUCAAGAUGCAAAACCAUCUUUCAGCAUGGCGCAUCUGGAUAGCAGCUCCGAGCCGGGACUUACGCUGGGAGGCUAUUUCUGCCCCCAGUGCCGGGCGAAGUACUGUGAGCUGCCCGUGGAAUGUAAAAUCUGUGGUCUGACUUUGGUGUCUGCUCCCCAUUUGGCACGAUCUUACCAUCAUUUAUUUCCUUUGGAUGCUUUUCAAGAAAUUCCCCUAGAAGAACAUAAUGGAGAAAGAUUUUGUUAUGGAUGUCAGGGGGAAUUGAAAGACCAGCAUGUCUACAUCUGCACCGUGUGCCGGCAUGUCUUCUGCGUGGACUGCGACGUGUUCGUGCACGACUCUCUGCACUGUUGUCCUGGCUGCGUGCACACCAUGCCGGCUCCUGCGAGUGUUUGACCCCCGCACACGCACGCAAUAUGCGUGCUGGAAAGCACGCUGUGGUUGUAAAGAAAAUGACUCUAGGAAAGACUCCAAUUAAAACGUGAGGAACAGUUUGGAAGGAAAAUCUGACUGAAGAAAUUUUUUACUAAGAAAAUGUAGUAUUUUAUUAAAUUUAAAAGUUUGUGUUCCAGAAACGCCUGGAAUUCAAUAGGACUUCAUUUAGUUAGUUUGUUUACUAUUAUUUUGAGUUACGUUUUCAAAGUCAUAUGUAUUAUUGUAUUUAAGUUACUUAUAAUGCUUAAAUUGAUAUGGUAAUUUCAUUGUUUUAUAAUUAAAUACAGAAUCCCUGUGAUUUAUUUUUACUUGUUUUUAGUGUAAAAGGAAAAUUAUGUAUACGUGUAAAUUCAGCAUAGGAUGAAGUGAAUCCUAGCUAUGAAAUUACAUACUGCUCUACCCACCCAAGGGGUCUUUUUUGGCUUAACUAAACAAUCAGAAUAUAAUUAUAAAAUUAAUGCA